AUUUAAAGGUUAUUUAGUUGUUUUUGACUCUAGACAACAUUUGACCGAUUCUUGUUCUAGUACUUCGGCUGAACAAACCAGGACCGGACCAGAGGUUUUUUUAAACAUAAUUUAGUUUUGUUUUUUCGGUUUGACACCACUCUGGGGUCUUUGUGCUGAGAGAAAACACCUGCCUUGCUGUGCUGAGGACGCGGGUCCAAAGGGCCAGUCUGAGCGCGAUCCUGAGCCAUCGCGAUGGGAGGAGAGCACAAAGCAGAGGGCAAGUCCAGCAGGGCGCGGUCCUCCUCAUCAUCGGUCCUGCAGCGGGAUCUCUUCCAUUUCCACUGAGCUGCCAGCAGCGCACUGAGACGCAACAAACCGCUGCGGGACAUCCUGCCGGCCCACGCAGCGGCGCGCCUCCACGUCUGUCUCACAGCUGCGACAGAGAGGGGCAGCUUUGAACCUGCCUGCCAAAAUAAACUCACCUCACCUAUUUAUGCCCCUGCUUCGGGGCAGCUCCUCUCCAGCGGCGCUUUGGACACUUUUACGCGCGGGGAUGGUCACUGGUGGGGACUCUGCGAUGAGUCCUGCUCCACCUUCUCUAGUUUAGAUCACAGAGGGGAGCCCACCUGAGGUAAAGGGGACACCUUCACGCAUCUUUGGCCACCCGCCGGGGGUAAUGCAGCUCCCCACGCUGGUGACGUGCUUGGCCGGUUGCGCCUUCCUCCUGUCGCCGCUCAGCGAGGGCUGCGGGCCGGGGAAGGGCCACGGCCGGAGGCGGGCCCCGCGGAAACUGGUGCCGCUCAUCUUAAAGCAGUUCAGUCCCAACGUGGCCGAGCAAACGCUAGGGGCUAGCGGAAAGUUCGAGGGUAAGAUCACCAGGAGCUCGGAGCGAUUCAAGGAGCUCAUCCCCAACUAUAACCCAGACAUCAUCUUCAAGGAUGAGGAGAACACAGGUGCAGACCGCCUGAUGACACAGCGCUGCAAAGACAAGCUGAACUCCCUGGCCAUCUCUGUGAUGAACCACUGGCCCGGGGUACGGCUGAGGGUCACUGAGGGCUGGGACGAGGACGGCCACCACUCCACCAACUCUCUGCACUACGAGGGCCGGGCAGUGGAUAUCACCACCUCGGACCGGGACAGGGACAAGUACGCCAUGUUGGCGCGGCUGGCGGUGGAGGCCGGGUUUGACUGGGUCCACUACGAGUCCAGAGCCCACAUCCACUGUAGCGUCAAGUCAGACCACUCAGUGGCAGCCAAGUCUGGCGGCUGUUUCCCCGGCAACGCCUCCGUGACGUUGGAGAGCGGUGCGAAGAAGUCCAUCAGCGACCUGCAGCCUGGUGAGCGGGUCCUGGCCUCCUUGGGCAGCCAUGGGGAUUUGGUCUUCAGUGAAGUCCUGACCUUCCUGGACCAGGACCCGACCACCCUCAGGCUCUUUGUCACCCUGCAGACAGAAGCUGGGGUUCAAAUCUCCCUCACCGCCGCCCACCUCAUCUUUGCCUCACAGAAGAACUGCUCAGAGGGGACGGCUCCAGCCCCCGGCGUCCUAAGGACGAUGUACGCCAGCGACGCCCGGCCAGGACAAUGUGUCCUGGUGUCAGAUGGGGGACCAGGGCAUCUGUCUCGGAUCAGUCGGGUCGGUAUGAAAGUGACCAGGGGGGCGUUUGCCCCACUAACCCGGCAGGGGACCAUCGUGGUGGAUGGGGUGAUGACGUCCUGUUAUGCUGUAGUGGACCAACACGGGCUGGCCCACUGGGCCUUUGCCCCCCUCAGGCUGAUGUACAGCUGGACUGGAAGCACUGGGGGCCACAGUGACGGGAUGCACUGGUACUCCUGGGUUUUACACUGGCUGGGCAGGACGGUGCUGGACUCAGGGCGCCUCCACCCACUGGGCGUGGCUCGGGAAGACACGUGAGACCAGAAAAAGUUCAACUUUGAACCCUAAUGGGACCAUGAUGGACUUCCUGCUGAGGUGGCAGAAGAACCAGAAACAAACUGGAAACAGAGGAAAAGUU